CCCACAUGCUCUUUCCUUGGGAGCCUCAGGACAGGUCCUGUGCCCAUAGGGUUUGAGAAUGUGCCAAUCCCGUCCUGGCCCCCUGCCCACCCCCUCUUGCUCUGGGAGUGGAGUAGAGGGGACAUCCUUAGUCACCUUCCUUUCUUGGACUCUCCCCACAGAAACAACAGAACCAAGAAACUCUGGAUCAAGUGGACAAACAGAAGAAAGAAUGUCAGCAAAAGUUGGUCAAGGAACAGGGGGCACUAAGAGAACAACUCCAGCACAACAAGUGGUUGACCAAAGAUCAAGAUGCUCUCAAACUGGAGUUAUACAAGAACAAGACCUGAAGCAGCAGAACUCUGAGCUCCAAGAGAGGCUUCGAGUCCUCAUGACCGAAAAGAAGACCCUGCAGCUGGGCACGGAGGAGCUGCAGAAGAAGCUGGAAAUGUCUGAGCUGCUGCUGCAACAAUUCUCUAGCGAGUCUGGGGUCUCUGAUGAUAGGCAGCAGCUUCAGCAGACCAUGGAGGAGCGGACCCAGCUGCAGAAACAUGUGCAACAGCUGCUGGAGAUGCAGACGACUGUGGAUAGACAGGGACCGUUACGCAGAGGGCCUGCAGGAAGAGCAUGCCAUGUGGCAGGAGAAGAUGCAGCAGAUGUCUGCCAAGGUGAGGCAGGCCCCUGUGGACAUCUCACUUGA